AUGGAGAAGAAAUCUGAAACCAAGCCUCAGAGCUCCUCUCUGUCUUCUCACACUGAGAAUGCCCCCACACAACAAUACCAACGCACCCAAAAAGGCCGUAUAAUCGGAGGCAAAUACCGUCAAGAACUCUACGAUGACUCCUCGCAACAUUCCGACGGCGGGCCUCUGCAAGAGGUUGAUAUCGACUUGCCCUUGACCGUCACCAAGCACAGGGAACACAAUGGAAGCAGCUACAUCGUGCUCGACUUCGCCGAGGGCGACAAGGAGAACCCCUUCAACUGGAGUCACGCCUACAGGGCCUUCAUCAGUCUGCUGCUGUGCUGCAUGACGCUCUUCAUCGGUCUCGCCACAACCGCCUACAGCUCCGGAUUGGACAAGAUGACGGCGGAAUUCGGUGUCUCGUCUGAACUCGGACAGCUGGGUCUGUUCACCUUCAACUUCACCUGCGCCCUCGCUCCCCUUUUCCUGGCCCCCUUCUGUGAACUGGCUGGUCGCCGCAUCAUCUACACUGGAGGUUACGUCUGCUUCGCCCUCAUGUUCAUCGGUCUUUCGCUCGGUAAGAACAUCGCCACCAUCCUCGUCUGCCGUGCUCUGCUGGGUCUCUUUGGUUGCAUUGGUACCAUUCUGGUCGGUGGUACCUUUGGUGACAUGUACCGCCCCGAUGAGCGUGCCAUCCCCAUGGCCUCGUUCUCCUUCGUCGCCAUCUUCGGUACUGUCGGAGCCCCCAUCUACGCCGGAUUCAUCGACCAGGCUCUCGGAUGGCGCUGGGUUGAGGGUAUCCAGGGUCUGGCCAACAUUCCCCUGGUCAUCCUCGUCGCUGUCUUCCUCAAGGAAACCCGUGGCAGCGUUGCCCUGGCCAAGAGAGCCAAGAUGCUCCGUGAUGCCACUGGUGAUGAGCGCUUCGUCACUCUCAAGGACCUCGAAGCUCCCGGUGUCAAGGAGAUGUUGCACAACUCGUCCGUCAAGGCCAUCCACAUGCUCUUCACCGAGCCCGUCGUCUUCGCCUUUGGUAUCUGGAUCAGUUUCGCCUGGUUCCUGACCUUCCUCUUCCUUUCCGUCAUCCCCAUCACCUUCUCCGAGAAGAAGGGCUGGGGUGAGGGUGUCUCGGGUCUGCCCUACAUCUCCCUCUGCAUCGGUACCACCAUGGGCUUCGGCUUGAACAUGCUGCAGAUCCGCAAGUACGAGUCGAUUGUCCGCGACCCCAGCAAGCAGGUCACCCCCGAGGCUCGUCUCUACGGUGCCAUGUGCGGUGCUGUCUGGCUCCCCAUCGGUCUCUUCAUCUACAGUUUCACCCAGUACGCCUACCUGACCUGGGUCGCCCCCGUCAUCGCCCUGGCUCUCAUCGCCAUCGGUAUCUUCUUCAUCUUCGAGUCCUGCUACAGUUUCACCUCCGACUGCUACGGUGAGAACUCUUCCUCUGCCAUCGCCGGUCAGGGUUUCAUGCGAAACACCCUCGGUGCCGUUUCGCCUCUGUUCGCCUCGCAGUUCUUCCACAACGUCGGCAGCCAGUACGCUGGAUUGAUUCUGGCUCUCAUUGCCACCGUCCUUACCUUCAUCCCCUUCAUCCUCUUCAAGUUCGGACCCCAGCUGCGCGCACGGUCGAAGCUGGCCAGUUCCGUGCUCAGCGAUGGCUCGGAUGACGACGAGUAA